AACAAUACUAAGGUCAGGAAACCAGAUGCUGCUUCUGCAUCUUCCAGGGUCUGAAACUACUUAAUAUUCGGUGCCAUGACAAGUGAUAGCAGUUUUUUAAUUCAUAGGUAAGCUCUUAAAGUAAAUAAUGCAUUAUUGCUUUGCAGCUCUCUGGAGAUGGGGAUUCAGUUCAUCACAUUUCCUAUGUAGAUGUAUGAUAACUAAAGAGAAAUUGUGUUAUUUAUUUAGAUGAGCAUGUAUAAUUUCCCUUAAGGGUCCAGUAAUUUAUACUGUGACUUUUGCAAAGCUUUGCAGUUCACAGUAGGGUUCAGACAGUGAGAUGGUGAAGUUUGUAGUUUGGGGGUAAUUUCAGUGGGUAAGUGGGGCUUCCUAAAGGCAGAACUAGAAAGAGGCCUAAUUACCUGCCUCCAGUGAUUUUUUUUAAUGAACUUUUUGCCUUAUGGUAAUGCUACCAUAAUGUUUAUGGUACACCCUGUAUCUCUGCAUUGACCAGGGAGACUGAAUGGGUUGGCUGUCUGGACAUGUAAUAGAUUCCAGCCUUUUUCCGUCACAUCAUUAUUAUGACAGACUUUGAGAAUAUGAACAGCAGCUGUGUGCUUUUGUGAGUCUUACAUUAUGAACCAUAACAACCUAUUCAGUUCUAUUCCAGUGAUAGAGCAGCUUGAUGCUUAACAAAUGAAGCCAAACUCUGAGCUGUGAAACUGUUAACAGAUCUAGUAGUGACCUGGGCCCUAUGUAUGGAACAUUCCAUAACACAGGAGGGGAAAACAGGGGCCACCAUCUUUUAGCAUUUUGGUGAAGGGGUUUGUCUUUACCUCUUCUGUAUAACUUCACAAGAUACUGCAAUUUGUGUCAAUAGAUGUAGCAUGUCUUCAGUUGAAUUUUAAUUUGAAACUUUAUCAAAUGAGUCUUCCAUUUCCCAGCCUUUAGGAAAACAAGAAUUUUUGGUCUUUGAAGAUGACAAAUAAGAAUGCUUAUCUUACUGUAAAGCAAACUUGCUUGAUAACAUGCUUUUGCGAAGUUCAGGAAAAUUAAAUGUGGGCACCAAGAAAGAGGACGGUGAGAGUACAGCCCCCACCCCUCGUCCAAAGGUCUUGCGUUGUAAAUGCCACCACCACUGUCCAGAAGAUUCGGUCAACAAUAUUUGCAGCACAGAUGGCUAUUGUUUCACAAUGAUAGAAGAAGAUGAUUCUGGAAUGCCUGUGGUCACUUCUGGAUGUCUAGGACUAGAAGGCUCUGAUUUUCAGUGUCGGGACACUCCCAUUCCUCAUCAGAGAAGAUCAAUUGAAUGCUGCACAGAACGGAAUGAAUGUAAUAAAGAUCUACACCCUACUCUGCCUCCACUGAAAAACAGAGAUUUUGUUGAUGGACCUAUACAUCACAAGGCCUUACUAAUAUCUGUGACUGUCUGUAGUUUGCUCUUGGUCCUUAUCAUUGUAUUCUGUUACUUCAGGUAUAAAAGACAAGAAACUAGACCACGGUACAGCAUUGGGUUAGAACAGGACGAAACUUACAUUCCUCCUGGGGAAUCCCUGAGAGACUUAAUCGAGCAGUCUCAGAGCUCAGGAAGUGGAUCAGGACUCCCUCUGCUGGUCCAAAGGACUAUAGCUAAGCAGAUUCAGAUGGUGAAACAGAUUGGAAAAGGUCGCUAUGGGGAAGUUUGGAUGGGAAAGUGGCGUGGCGAAAAGGUAGCUGUGAAAGUAUUCUUCACCACAGAGGAAGCCAGCUGGUUCCGUGAGACAGAAAUAUAUCAGACAGUGUUGAUGAGGCAUGAAAACAUUUUGGGGUUCAUUGCUGCAGAUAUCAAAGGGACAGGGUCAUGGACCCAGCUGUACCUCAUCACUGACUAUCAUGAAAAUGGUUCCCUCUAUGAUUAUCUGAAGUCCACCACCCUAGAUACUAAAUCGAUGCUGAAGUUAGCCUAUUCUUCGGUCAGUGGCUUGUGCCAUUUACAUACUGAGAUCUUUAGCACUCAAGGCAAACCAGCAAUUGCCCAUCGAGAUCUGAAAAGUAAGAACAUCCUGGUGAAGAAAAAUGGAACUUGCUGUAUAGCUGACCUAGGCUUGGCUGUAAAAUUUAUUAGUGAUACAAAUGAAGUUGACAUACCACCCAACACCCGAGUCGGCACCAAGCGGUACAUGCCUCCGGAAGUGUUGGAUGAGAGCUUGAAUAGAAAUCACUUCCAGUCGUACAUCAUGGCCGACAUGUACAGUUUUGGACUCAUCCUUUGGGAGGUUGCUAGGAGAUGUGUAUCAGGAGGUAUAGUGGAAGAAUACCAGCUUCCCUAUCAUGAUCUAGUGCCCAGUGACCCCUCCUAUGAGGACAUGAGAGAGAUCGUGUGCAUCAAGAAGCUGCGGCCCUCAUUCCCCAAUCGGUGGAGCAGCGAUGAGUGUCUAAGGCAGAUGGGGAAGCUCAUGACAGAAUGCUGGGCUCACAAUCCUGCGUCGAGACUGACAGCCCUGCGCGUUAAGAAAACACUUGCCAAAAUGUCAGAGUCCCAGGACAUUAAACUCUGAUGUGAGGGGGGAAACACCAUCUCUGGAGAAAGCCAGUAGAUACUCUUGUUUGUGAGCAGAGCAAAAGAUGUUCCAGAAGCAUCCACAGUACAAGCCUUGAACAUUGUCCUGCUUCCUGGUGGGUUCCGCCUUUCCUCUCAGGGAGCAGCCUGGACGAAGGCAGAAGUUCCCAGAACCACAGAUUCAUCGUGUCUGUUUGUGAGAGAGAGAAACCACGUGGGUGACUUGUUCAAGAUACGAUGCAUAUUGCUUUCUAAGAAAGCCCUGUAUUUGGGGAUUGCCUUUUUUUUUCUUCAAAAAAUGUUUUAAUUUUGCCAGAAUAAAACAAGCAAUGUAGGUGUCUUAAGGUUUAUACUAUGACAGUUUAAGUAAUAACAGAAUUUCUUCCCAGAAAUUCUGCUGGAAGGUAAAUUAAAAUAUGUCUGUGUUUUUCCAUUGGUAAAAUUUUGUUGCACUCUACAAACCAAAAGACAGUCUGUGAUGUGGGAGAGCACAGAAUGGGACUCAUCUUAAAGCCCCCUGCUGCCUCAGACCACUUUUGGCAGCCUGGCAUUCGGGGUUGCCACAGCAAUGUGAAUGCACCUGGGUACAAAUACCACCUGUCUGGGCCCACGUUUUGGGAAUCCUGCAGGUGACCUUCUGCAGCUUCAGACGAUAUGGAACAAAUGAAGGUUUUAUAUGACUUUCCUCGAAGUAUGUGUUGUCGCUCUUUUUCAGAACCACUUUGUAUUUCUGAUUCUGUUAGGCAUUUCUUUCAUGGUAAAAUCCCUUUCUUUUCUUUAACGCAAACAAAGCUUUUUUUGAAUGUGUAGAGAAUUGACCCAUGUGUGCUUUUGAUCUCUCAAAUGAAAGGAUCAGUGUUGAAUAAAAUUGUCAUCAGCUGUGUUGAAGGCAAGGCACUUUAAAAUAGAGAUAAUUCGCUCCUGUGUUGUAAGAAGAAUGUACCAAUAGAAGAGGAUGAGGGUGAGGGUGCAAAAGGCUCGUUUCUUAUAUAUGCAGAAGGGCCAGUCUCUGAAGCACAGGGAAAAAGUAUGCAUGCCUUGUUUUGUAUAAAGACAGUUUCUUUUUGUUAUAGUCUCUUUUGUGUCUGAGUUAAGAGAAGGAAAGGAAGCAUAUGACAGGUUAAUUUAACUAAAUUUUAAUUUAAAAAUAUAAUUAUAACCUCCAAAUGGGAUAGCAGAGGAGAGCUAGUGGAGGCCACAAAAUAUGGCUGCUGUGAUUUAUUAUCCUAGAAUAGAUAUAGAUCUACUGUGUCCUCUUCAGUGAUCAUUUCACAUCUUAGGAAUGCUGACUCAUUCUAUUUUACUCUCAUUAUGUUCAAUUCACUUUCUAAUUUAUUAUUUUUUCUUCUCCGUGGCACUUCUGUGAAACAUUUCUUCAUAUGCUCAAAUCUGUGGGGUUUUAACGUUUGAGCAACAUGAGUCAAAUUAUUGACAGGGCCUAUAUUCCUUAGCAGUUGGAACCUAAAGUUUAAAAUUAUACCUAUCACUCUCAAUUAUUUUAUAGUUCCUUACUGUGUUUUUCUUUUGCUUCGUAGGAAUUCUGUAAUGAUCAGUAAAGAAUGGGGAAGCACUUCCUCUUGGCCUUAAAAAAAAGAUGUUCCUUCCACAAUACUCCAGGGGGCAGUGUUUUAUAACACAUUUUCAGCAUUUGGUGAUUGAAGAAUGGAGGGUUUUUGACAACUUGACAGCUGCAUGAAAAGAGAAAAUAUUUGCCUCACUUCUGAACUAGGCUUGCAGCCGGUGACUUGUUCAUCCUGAAAACAUCCUAGAGCAGAGGAUGGCUGCUAGCUGUUUUUACAGUUUAGGAAAAUCUUCAGGAGAAACAGUGUUCUAGAUUCAACAUUUACUUCCGGAUGAUUCAUAGCCACAUCGGGUUUAUAACAAAGAGACAAGGUUUCCUUAAUCAUUGAAUAUUAAUACAAUUUCUGUUUUUUCAAGCAUUAGAAACAGUUGGUUCCAAAUAUAACUGUAAUCAGAAUGCUGCUCUUAGUGAUACUAAAAUAACUUGAACAGCAAUGUAAAGGUUCCUUUCUCUUGUGUUAUUUUGGUGUUAGCUUAGAAGGAAUAUGUGGCUAAAACUCAGUGUGAUAAGCAUCUGAGCCAUGGGGAUAAUCUUCAGUGCCUAUGAUCAGAUCAUCUACAAAUAAGUAAACAUUUAUGCCAGUUGAGUGGGGGCAUGUUUGUGUUUCUUGACUUUUCCCUAAAUUUAAGCAAGUUUGGGCUUAUCUCUUAGAUAAAAAUAUCUGUUCUUAAUAAGUUUUUAUACAUGAGUAACUUGUAGGUAAGAUUUGAAAGUGAACUAGAUUUCCUGGGAGGUUUGGUUCCAAUGAUGAAUGAGAGGAAAUGAAAACAGUAACCAAAUUUCUUCUAUAUUUUUAAUUACUUUUGAAAAAUCGAUAGCUUACUUUCUAAUCCUCAACCUGAUUUACUUACUAUGAACAUUUAAAAGUUAUUCCUGAGAUACUUAAAAAGCCCCAUUUAGUUACUAUAGUCUUCCAAGGAGACUAUUUAUGAAUAGAUUUUUCUCUGUCUUACCCAAAUCUACCUUACUUAGGGAAUACUUAAUUGUUUUUAGAAAGACUACUUACUCAUUUUCAAAUACUCAUUUUUGAUUUUUAAAUUUCUAGUAGUUCAGAAGUGAAUUUAUUUUUUCUUUCAAUAGAAUAAGUGAGAACCUGGAAAAUAAUAAUGUAGUUGCUUACUUUCAGGAUUAUUUCAAAGACUAAGAUUUUCUUCUAAUUGCUUCCCCCCCAAAAGGAAUCCUAAAAUAUUAGUUGUUAGCUAAUAUAAGUUUUGUAUGCUAAGAUAUUCAGGUUUAUAGUUUAUGUGUGUAUAUAUUAAAUAAAUAUAUAUAUAUAUGUAAAUAUGUUCAGUCUGGAGUCUGACAUGACUCCAUUAUGUGGAUUAGAGAGUAAAAUAUUAUGGAUGAUAAACUACUAAAUGAAACAUAAUAUUUAUUUAUGAAAGCAUGUAGAUUGUUAAAUCAGCAGCGGCCAUGCCUGAACAUAGUGUAUGAGGAGACAGGCCUUGGACCUCCCGAAAGCACCCCUCAAAUCACUAGUGCCCCCCCACUUUUUUUCUUAAUUCUCAAAACAUGAAGCUUCUUAGAAAACAUGCUGAGAUUUUAUUUACAGGGGAUUCUUUGACACAUUUCAAUCGCUGUGUAGUCAGGUGUAGCAAGUACAGAAUACUGACCGAAUUUCCCAUUCUGAGGGUAGCGCAUGUUUGUUAGAAGUUACUGUGGUUCAUGUUGUUGGCCUGUCCUGGUUCUUCUUUGUUUGUAGGUGGAAAGGCACUGAAAGAAGCACAAUCUUUUAAUCUUUUAAACUUGAAUAGUUUUGUAGUGAUAUUUCCUUAAAAAGCUUGGUCACAUAGUGGAAAUGAAAGAAGUGGCAUCAGAAAUGAUUUGAGUUAGCGAUUGUGAUUCCUCUUGUAAAACUAAACGAGAAAACCAAUGCCAUAGUUUUUGAAGAAAAGAUGGCAAUAUAGAAGGGGUUUUGUCUGUUUCAAAAGGACACUCAUUUGUGUUCUUUUGGGGAACCAGUGCCUUACUGAAUUUGUAUAUACUGUAAUUAUUCAGUACUAGGGAACAGACAAUUGUAUUUGUUACAAAUUGUAUAUGGCUUUGUUUUAACAUUCCCCCAAAUAAAAUGGUUUCAUUCUUCCUUGGAAAGAACACGUCUGUUAUCUUCC